AUGAUCUCCGAGAGCCCUCCCGCGCUGCCCGUGUCCAUUGCGGGCCUCGUCAAACAUAUCGCCCAGCACCCGGACACAUCGAUGAUGGAGCUCCUAGAGCCGUAUCGCAAGUUUGAGGCGCAUCUCCGGCAGUUGUUUGCCCAGGAUCCCGACAACAAGUUGGUGAAGGACCCCUAUAUCCAAGUAUAUCAUGCCUCUUCCCCCUACGAUUCGGCGCCCGAAGAGUUCCAGCGCAACUCCAACAUCUUCUCCGAGUCGCCGCUCAGCGAACUGGACUGGAGCAACGUUGUUGCAGCAGGAUCGUCGGUAGUGAACACUCCUCUUUCCAUUCCGGAGGAGUACAGCCGCACCAAGCGUGGCCUGCGCGAGUUCGACCACGAGAAGUUCUGUCCCGCCUCCGACGUGGACCUGUUUGGACUCACCGAAGAGCAAGCUAUCGAGAAGAUCAAAGCCAUCGAGGCAGCUGUCCGCCGAUGCUGUCCUUACCGAGAUUACCGUCGUGAGGACCAAGCAGGCCAUCACCAUCAAGAUCCUGACCGGGUCGACAUCGACUUCUCAGCGGCCGCUUACGAUGGCAAGCAGGUCUACUGUACUCCGCGCGCCCUGCAGUCGUACAUGACCCAGAUCGACCAUAUCAAUCUGUCUCGCCGCUCUCCGUCGUACGAGAACCGCCUCUCCAAGUACAGUCACAGGGGCUUUGAGGUGUACUUCCCGGAACUUGACCGCUCAAGGAUCGAUGCAACGGUGUUCGAGCGGAGUUUUCGAGGAACGGUCGGGCUUGCUAGGCUCCUGGUUCCCGAGCAGCUUCCUACUCAGGAGGUGAGAGACGCCUACCAGUCCGGACGCCGCCUGGAGAGAGACCGACCUCCCCUGAAUCAUCACCGCCGCCAGAUUCCGGCCCUCCGAGGCGAUAUCAAACGGGGCCACGAGGACGAAGUAGCAGAUUGGUUCACCGAAGAAGACAUCUCCGAUUAUCGCACGUUCACUAUGCCAUACGGCCCUCGAUUCAAUGCUAAACGAAUCGAGACACUCUGUUACACCAGGGACCUUUUACUCAAUGCCGAGUGGAACCAGCACAAUGGGAGAGAGGUGUAUCUCCACCGUCACCCGGCUUUUUUCGUUCGUGUUGAAGACGUGAUUGACGACUGUUGUGGACAUUGCCCCGUUCCCAAAACGGCGGAGGAGAAGGAAGUUGCGCAACAGGAUGAGAAAGUGUUCGUCUCGGAUAAAAUCACGUUCAUGAAGGACGACCCUGGAAGAGACCGCUUACCUCGAGAACAGCAAAUCGUCGGGCCACGAGAUCUGGAAAUUGUCAAGAUCCUACUGCACAAGAGUGCCGCCAACGAGGCUGAGUAUGAAGAGAAGAAACUCCAGCGACGCAGGCAAGAAGAUCCCAAGGAUACCGAUCGUGGCGAGACCGAGGGCAAAGUAACCGAAGGUGGCGACGAAUCCGACGGCGAACCCGUAGACGGCUCUGAUUCCGAGGCGGGGGGCAAAAGCAUGGCGACCGGUUCAUUUGUCAAGGUCAAGAGGGAGGAAGCCGCUCCGCUUGACGACGCCGCGGGCGAUGAUAACAAAGACGAGCCUGACUUUUAUGACAUCAAUGUCACUGCCUGGGACACGCCCUGCUCGGCCCUUCACCUCGCCGUGGUGAAUGGUCAUAUGCACGUGGUUCGAGCCCUGGUCCAGGAAUACGGCGCCGACGUUCUCUUGCCGGUCAAAUUUGACGAGAAGGACGCACUUCUCACCUUGGUGCUCGCCCUGGCCCUGCCUGUGGAAAAGGCGAAGGAGAUGACAAGACUCUGGUCAGCCUCGGGGCCCCUUCAGCUCAAGCGGCCGACGGCGAUCAAUCAUCUCGGCUUUUCCAACGGGUGGUCCUGCGAUAGCCCGCUGCAGGCUGCUGUCAGGAACGGGAACCUAGGUCUGGUCGUCAAAUUACUUGAUCAAGGUGCUGCCCCUCAGAUCGAUUUCGAGAAAUGGCUGAAGUCGGCGAAGCAGUCAAGCACCAUGACAAACCAGUUGCGCACUUUGCCGGACAAGGAAAUGACGUUCAAGAGGAUGGUAGAACAGCCUCUGAUGCUCGCACUGAAGAGCUCUAGGCCUGACAUGGCGAUUGAACUCUUGGAGCGUGGAGCAGACCCCAACGUGAUCCUGAAGGAUAUGCAGUAUUACUUGAGCAAGGGCUUCGGAGGCCCAGGGGUCGACGGCCGGUGCCCCUUGGAUCUCGUCGAUCACUGCCUCCAGACUCUCCGCAAAUACCAGAAAGAAUCUGCCCGAGUAUCAACUCGCCCGACCCUGCCUGAAGGAAUAGACGCCUACCUCAACCAGUUUGAAGAGGGAACCUACCAGCACUGGGUUGUGUCGGGGGAUAUCGAGCGGCGCCGCAAGUUCCACGAGCAAAACCUCAAGGAGUACGAGAAGGAGCAAAGCCUACCCGAUGUGCCCUCGGAAUUGAGAGAAAAGAGGCUGCCGUUGCGGAAGCGAUCGCGAAGCUGGAAAAGAUCAAGGAAACGAAGCUCCGUCGCGCAAGCGCUCGAUGCUGAAGAUGAAGUUUCCGGCUUCUACUCGUUUCCCAUUGAUGAUUUCAAGGUCGCCAUUGAGGGAGGCUACGUAAAGCUGUUCGGCGAAAUCAUCCGCCGCACAGGGGCCGGAUUACCCCUGGAGAGCAUGGGAUCGACAGUUUACGGAAAGAAGAGAAAAGAUUGGGCUGAAGCUGGCCGGGGGGGCAUCAGCAGUUCGGCCGGCACGCAGACUUCGCCCCUUCUCAUCGCCGUGUUUGCUGGCCAGAUUGAGACGGUUGAGUGGUUCCUCAGCGACACCCCCCAAAGGCACUAUCUUGCCUUUGCCAACUCCAAAGGAGCCCGGGAUGACGCAAGGCUGAAGCAUCUUGCUCAGGCUCCGGGGGGAUUCGAGGGUGCGAUUUCUAGGUGGCUUAGCGACCAAAUCCUCCAUGCCGCCAUCUACGCCCUGCCGAGCAAACGGGCCAGUUGGUUGCUUACCUGGGCAGCAAAUGGCGUCGCACCUCUUCUGCUUGCCUCCCGCCUGGGCUGGUUGGAUGCCGCGAGAAUCCUCAUCGAAGCUGGAGCAGAUCAGCGGACCAAGGAUCAUGGGCGAAACAAUCUGCUUCACGGGGCGGACCCUGCCAUCAUCCGUGCCGUCGUCGACUUCGACCCCAGCUUGCUGUGGAUCGAACACGCGGUCGGCCGCACACCCGCCGAAGUCGCCCACGAUUGCUACCUUGCCGAUUUCGUGAAGAAGUCCAAAAAUUGGACAUGCGAAGGACCCGGCAAGCCGGUGACGUGGCUGGCGACGGCGUCGCCCUUCGAACUCAUCAAACCGAAGGUCUGCGACGAGCCCAGGGAACACGAGACGGCAACGAACGUCGCCAAGAACUGGCGCUUCUGCGCCGAGGUCCUGGCGCGCAACGGCCAGCCCAGGCGCACGCUGGUCGGCCUCGGCUCGGCCAACCUGGUCGCCAAGCGGCUCGGCCGGAGACACGUCCAUGACCGUUACAACUUCCGGUUCGUGGAGAAGGAGCAGGAUGAGGCGGUCGCCUCGGAGCCGGCCGAGUCCAAGGAUGAUGCUAGCGAUGGCAGCGACCGCGGUGCGGCGCCAAGCACAGAGGAGGCCACCAGGCCCGCCGGACUCGCCACGGAGGAGAAGACCGGGCGCCGCCGCCGCCGGCGGACGGACGAGAUAACCCAGAGGUACGACAGCAGGCAUCACGCCUGGUUGCGCCCCGAGGGAGAGAAGGAGGAGAAGGAGAAGGGGAACGAUGACGGCAGGGAGAGCGACAGCAGCGCAUGCGACAAGACUGCCGAUGACGAGCAAGAGGGAUGA